UAAAACCAGCCGAUACCCUGUUGUCCCUGCGCAUUUGUUAUUGCCCAUCCGUCUUUCGCUGUCAUCUCCCCCCCUCCGGAAACCAUCGUUUCGUUUCUUUCUCCCGUCCCUGAACUAGGCAGGGUUGCAUUCUCCUGACUACACCAGAGGAUUAACCAGGCACCACUCGUUUAACUCGUACCCGCCUUUCCCCCUACGGUGUACGAACCCCCUUCGUUUGCCCUUCACAUAGACGACGUCAGUCAGUCCAAAAAAACCAUCAGGAGAACAACCAUUGGUGGCCUGACCCAGCGACAUACCAAAAGAAAAUAAGCAAUAUAAGCGAUUCAAUAGGUCUUCGCCCCAAAUCAUCACACAGCGUCGCGAAAAAUGGGUGUCGGACGCUUCUUUUGCGUGGCAUUGCCAUUCAUCCUCUCGGUCGCCUCCAUGGCCUUCCUGAUGGCCUCCACCCUGGCCGGUAUCACCGCCAAGGACCUGUAUCUCUUCCGCAUUGACGCUUCGGAGCUCGAGAUCAGCCCCGGCGACAUUCUUGACCUACUGCGCGGCAGCGGCUGGGAGGACCUUCUGCCCGAAGGCGUCAACAUUGAAGACCUCGAUCUCGACAACCUGCCUGAUAACAUCAAUCCCGACAACAUCCCCGAUGACAUCAACCCUGACGACCUCCCUGAUAUCCCUGAUAACGUCAAUCCCUCCGACGUUAUCAACAACAACAAGAAGAAGCGUCAGAAUAACCCCACAGAGCGCACCAUCACCGCCGAGGACCUCGGCCUGGACGACGUGUACUACAUCAACAUCUGGAACUACUGCUCCAUCGACGCCGACGGCGACCGCUCAUGCAUCGACUCGGCCUUCGACUGGGCGCGCGAGGAACUCAACACGGGCUUCCUGCAAACCGCGGGCGAGAUAUCCGGCAACCGCAUCGAGCUCCCGGAGGAGAUGGAGACGGCGCUCGACAUUUUUAAGGAAGUGUCGCGCUGGACCCAGAUCGUCUACCUCAUCGCCUUCGGCGCCCUGGGCCUCUCCAUCGUCUGCGGCAUCUUCGCCAACUUCACCCGCGUCAUGUCGUGCAUCACCUGGUUCGUCGCCGUCAUCGCCACCGUCGCCGUCGUCGGCGUCGCCGCCAUGACCACCACCAUGGCCGUCGUCGCCGUCGGCGCCAUCCGCAGCGCCGCCGAGCUCUCCGGCGUCUCCGGCGUCGAGGCCGACCUCAACACCACCUUCCUCGCCCUCGUCUGGAUCGCCGCCGCCUGCGCCCUCGCCGCCGGCUUCUUCUGGCUCUUCACCAUCUGCUGCUGCGCCCCCGACCGCUCUUCCUCCCGCGAGCGCCGCGGCAGCAGUGAUUACAGCGACAAGUACUUCCCCCCCGGCGCCGCCGCCGGCACCUACAACAACUCGGGCACGUACCAGCCGCUGCCCUCGCCCGAGCACCAGGGCUUCUAUAACCAGCAGACCACCACCCAGUACGGCGCGCCGCGUCACCCUGCCGCUGUUCGGUCCGAUAUGGCCUAUGAGCCUUACUCGCACCGCGUCUAAGGGGUCGGUUUGUUUGCUUCUCAAUGCGCGCCACAGGAGAGAGGUGUAUCGGGGUGGAUCUGUCUUUGCAGGGCGUCAAAAGGGCGUUAUUUUUCUUUUUUGUCUUGUUGUACCAGGAAACCCUUCGGAAGGGACCUGUCAGGACUUGGGACUUGCAUGUUUAACUUUGCAUCCUUUUGGAGCAUGGCAUUUUCUGUUUAUGAACCCGGCGAACUUUAUGGAUCAAUGAUGGGAUAGUCAGACGUCUCGUGGACGCAGAGGAUGAUGGAAUUAUAACCUCGUCCGGGGCUACUAGGCACUUGACGAUAAAAUCGUAUGUUGCUAUAGUAAGGUGGUGUCUGUAUCUUAUAGACGGCUUUCCCUACCAGGGAUGAAUGAAUAAUCACAGACUGAAGUCAAAACAACUACCCCUUCCUCGC